AUGAGGACAUUUACAUAUUCCACCGGGUCUUCGGUUAACAAUGCUCUCGUCGAGCUCGAGGGGCCCACAGUGCUCAACGAAGAAAAACCUCAGAGACGGAAUCCUUAUCCGUCUACACACUCUGCACCGAUGGCCCAACAUCAUCCGGACAUAGAGGAGAUUUUAUGCCGUUCUUAUUUUUUUCCAUUUCCUCUUCAGGGCGGUUCAUCAUCGUCUGAUCUAUCCUCCUCCUCCUACUCCUUCAACUUUUCCCAUCCAGAGAGGAUUUACCAUACUGGUUCUGCUUUCACGUCUUCCAAUCUCUCUCAUGACACUCGCCCUACAACUUCUAUUUCUUGGCAAGAGAUCAUAGAGAACAACCACCUUUCCAGACUUGCUCACCACAACUUCGCACAACCAUUCAGAAACACUCACUCACACUCGCAUUCCCGAGACCAUCGAAUCCUCUGA